AUGUUCUCCCAGUUUGGACAUAAAUGGUUGUGUCUUCAUAGAAGUCGAGCAUGGCAAUAUGAAGCGGAUGAAGCAGACAUCAAAGCAGAUGCCAACACUAUUGUCAAAGAUAAUGGAGAUGCCAGCACUGCUGUCGAAGAUACAGCAGAUGCAAAUGAUGAAACAGGAUUGAAUUCACUCAUGGAAAAAGCACUUCAGCAAAGUGGAAUUGACCUAAACAUCUAUCAUGGAGAUAUUAAUGAUUUACAUGCUGCAGAGAAUAUAGUUCAGCAGUCAUCAUUACAAGAUGUGGAUUACGAUGAAUCACUUGAAACAUUUGACAGAAUUGGAAAGCUCUUUGGCAGAAUUCACACUUUUGAGUGGUUCAUCGUUAGAAAAGUUGUUCAUCCAUGA